AUGGAGACCAACAGUCACAUCACCACGCUGCACCAGGAUGCCAUCGACUCGGCCAAGAUGCGCUAUGACGCCGUCCGAGACGCCGUCCCUGAGGCUGUGACAGAUUUCGAUGGUUACGAGUUCGACAAUUACGAGGGACUUGGUCCCAAGAUUAUCCCGCUUGAGGUUUUCAAGCUCGCAGUGGACACCGGCAAGAACUCCGUCCUCGCCAAUUCUGCCCCGUGUGCCUCUGGCAACGAGCAUUGCGACCUCGUCGACAUGGGACCGAGCAUCAUUGCUCCUCUCAUGAUUGCGUAUUUGAGUGAUAUAGGAGUAAUUAGUACGAGAUCCUGCACGAGAUUUUUCACGGCCGCAAGAUGGGCGCCUACAUGGUCCAGAAGGCUGUACCAGUACUUCAACGAAGGCGACCAUGACCAGGCACCCAAGUACAUCUCUAAUCAGCGGGAUGGUUUCUUCAUCAAUGGCAAGCUGGGGCUCGAGGUCCGGGCGUAUCGCUGGCGACGUGGCCUGCCUUGGAGCGAGAAUGCUAUCAUGGGCAGUGAGGACUGCCCUCGCAGACAGCCGCAACAGUCCCGUCGCUGA